AUGAUCCUUGCUACGCUCCUGCUCUCGUUCCAGCUGCUGGGACGUGCAGAGGCCUUUGUCCAACGAUCAUGGGAUGAGUCGUAUGCACUUGCAAACGCGAAGAUCGCACAGAUGACGGUAGACGAGAAAGUGGGCAUUCUAACGGGUGUUGGGCAAUUCAACAGUCGGUGUGUUGGGGAUACACAUCCCGUCGAUCGGCUCGGAAUUCCCUCUAUUUGCUUCCAAGACGGCCCCGCCGGGCUGCGACUCGUCAAGGGCGUGACGGGCUUCCCGAGUGGCAUCAACACGGCGUCGACGUUCAGCAGGCGCCUGAUGCGCGCGAGAGGCGUUGCGCUGGGCGAGGAGUCGCGAGGGAAGGGCGUCAACGUCUUCCUCGGGCCAGCUAUGGAUAUCAUGCGCAAUCCGAAGGCUGGCCGCGGCUGGGAGAGCUUUGGCCCCGACCCCUUCCUCACUGGCGAGGGCUCGUACGAGACCAUCAUUGGCGUCCAGAGCACAGGAGUGCAAGCCUGCGCGAAGCAUUUCGUGGCGAACAACCAGGAGCAUUGGCGCUAUGGCGUCACGUCGAACCUCGACGAGAGGACGAUGUGGGAGGUGUAUGGGUGGCCUUUCUUGCGCAGCAUAGACGCGGACGUAACCUCCGUGAUGUGCGCCUACAACCGCGUCAACGGGACGUCUUCGUGCGGAAACUCAGACUUACUUGGUCCGAAAGGGUUCUUGCGAGAGAAUGGAUUCAAAGGUUUCGUCGUGAGCGACUGGGGCGCUACACACGAUGCCGCGAAAGACGUGGCAAACGCGGGGCUGGAGAUGGAGCAGCCGGGGGACUGGAUCGUCAUCGGCGGUGGCGACUUCAACAACCUCAUUACGGGCCUCAAGCCCGCUGUCAAGAGUGGUGCUGUGACCACCGACCGGCUGAAUGAGAUGGUGGGACGUGUAUUGGCAGCGUUCUACCACCUCGGGCAAGAUUCCGGGUUUCCAGCCGUGAACUUCGAUGCGCAGCACUCCGACGGCUCUGGGUCGAAGAACCUCCACGUCUCGGUCCGCUCAGACGCGCAUACGGCCCUGGUCCGCGAGAUCGCCUCGGCGUCGGCCGUGCUCCUCAAGAACAACCGCACCACCUUUCUCCCCGCCGCUGGUGCCAAGGAGACCAUCCGCGGCCUCCCCAUCACCAAGUCCCGCAUCCGCACCAUGGCCAUUAUCGGGCAGGACGCGAAGAUGCCGAACUUGAGCUGCAACGACCUCAAUGAGUGCAACGAUGGGACUAUGUCCGUCGGGUGGGGCUCGGGCUCGAACUCGCUGGAGUUUGUUGUACCGCCGGUUGAUGCGCUGAUGUCGGAGAAUGCGGGCGCUGCGACGCUGGCGACGUCGCUGUCGAAUGACCUCAACGCGGGGGCGAACGCUGCGAGGGAUAAGGACGUUGCGUUUGUCUUCGCUAACGCAAUGAGCGGCGAGCUGGGGUUCUAUAGUGUCGUCGUCGGCAACAUGGGGGAUAGGAACGACCUCGAUCUCUGGUUCAAAGGAGGAAGUUUGAUCGAGCGCGUGGCGGCGGUGUGCAACAAUACCAUCGUCGUCAUCCACUCUGUUGGUCCUGUGGUCAUGCCCUGGAGCUCCCACCCCAACAUCACCGCCAUCGUGUACGCAGGUGCGCCCGGGGAGAUGACGGGCCCGUCUCUAGUCGACGUGCUCUACGGCAGGUAUAACCCCCGAGGGAGGCUCCCGUUCAGUAUCGCGGAUAAGGAAGCAGACUUUGGAACUUCGAUCGUGUAUAACAGCUUGUCGGGCUUCCCUGAGAUCAACUACACCGAGAAGCUCCUCCUCGACUACAGGUACAUGGACGCCAACGGCAUCACGCCGCGCUUCGAAUUCGGCUUCGGGCUCUCCUACACGACUUUCGCGUACUCCGGCCCAUUGUCGAUCGCGUCCGGUGCGUCUGGGACCAGGGCCAUCACGUUCACCGUGACGAACAGCGGGGAGGUGCCCGGGACGGAGAUCGCGCAGCUGUACCUGGCGUUCCCUGCGGGCGCUGGCGAGCCGCAGCGCGUUCUGAGGGGCUUCGAGGAGGUGCCGCUGGGCGUUGGCGAGAGCAGGAGCGUGACGAUUGCGCUGGGGCAGAGGGAUAUGAGUAUAUGGGAUGUUGUGCGGCAUGCGUGGGUCGUGCCUCCUGGGACGUUCACGGUGACGGUUGGCGCGUCUAUCAAUGACGUCCGCCUGACGGGUACUUUCUAG